AUGUGCGGCCGAUACUGCUUAGCCUUGCGACCAUCGCAGAUCCGGCAGCAUCUGGAAGACGAUGAUAUGGUGGUGGACGACGGCCCCAUAGACGAGGGCCCUGGUGCCCCGCGCCGAAGCUACAACUUCGCACCGGGGUACAAUGGUGCCGUCUAUCGAGCAGACACCCCUGCUCAUAAUGUGGCUGGUCUUCCGCACAAUCGAAUGGAGGAUGUGACUGCGACUGAACCCUGGAAGCAAGGACAGGAUAUUGAUGCAUCUGCCCCAAGCGCAGAGACUUCCGAUGAAUCCAAAGGCGUCACGUAUAAAAUCCAGUCCAUGCAAUGGGGCAUCAUCCCAGCUAGGCCGAAGCGGCAUCCGAAGUACAGCAAGACACUUAAACUCAUUAACUGUCGAGAUGACUCGUUGAGUAACCCCGGGGGGACAUGGGGCUCCUUGAAGACCCGUCAGAGGUGCAUCGUGAUUGCUGAAGGCUUUUACGAAUGGCUAAAGACAGGACAUGACAAGAUGCCCUACUUUGUAAGGCGCAAAGACCGACGCCUGAUGUAUUUCGCCGGUCUAUGGGAGUGUUCGCAGCGAGACGGUUCAUCUCACCACCAUCAAAACACAGAUUCCGACAAACAGCUCUUCACGUACACUAUUAUUACCACCGAUUCCAAUGAUCAACUGAAAUUCCUCCACGACCGCAUGCCGGUUGUUUUGGAGGAGGGAUCUAGGGAGAUCCGAGCCUGGCUGGACCCUGCCCGACGUGAAUGGUCAAGGGAGCUGCAAGCCUUGCUAAAGCCGUACACCCGGGAUCUAGAAUGCUAUCCCGUUAGCAAGGAAGUCGGUAAAGUGGGCAACGAUUCACCCUCAUUUGUAGUACCUGUCGACAGCAAGGAGAACAGAUCUAAUAUCGCCAAUUUCUUCCCCAAACCUACGGAAGCAAAGGGCAAGUCAGAGCGGAGUUCCCACUUUCGAGCUGACGAGGCACAAGAUGGUAACCAGGUUUCCCAAACGCAAUGGAAAUCAAAUGCCUGUCUAAAGCAGGAUAACUGGAGGGAAUUGGAUGAGGCCGAUUUCGCGGACGACGCCGAGAAUUGCGCCAGGGCAGGCACAAAACGGAGCAAUACUGGUUUCGAUACAGAGGACAGACGGCCGAAGCAGGCUGCUACCACGAACGAGACCCGGAACCACCAGCAGAGCUCGUCAGUGUCUGGGUACAACCUCCGUCAGUCCGAUUCUCGCGACCGACAGCCAAACUCUCGUAAGCCUGGGGCUAUGGUCCUACCCGAGAAAGACGCCCAGGGCAAGCCUGAAGGGCAGACAAGUAGAACCAUCACUGAUUAUUUUGGCCGCCGGUCUUGA